UGACUUCGUUGGCUUCGUCCUACAGCGUCUUCAGUCUGAACUCAAUUUGUUCUCUUCGUAUGGAUACUUCCAACUCAUCACUUUGACUCGUUGCAUCGUUCCGCUCGCUCUGGUUUGGUAUCAUGUUCAACUUCAGCUCCAGAAGCCGUAUUGAGCAGUGGUCGAUCGUCUACCAGACAGCAAAUGACUACGAUUCAGAUGAAAGUAGUGUUACGCUUGAAGAUGAAUCUGAAAGAGCAGUCUCUCUGGAUCUCGCGCAGGAAGUCCUACAAGACUCACCCGGCAGUACAAAUCCCACACUUCCAAACGAAGAGCGCGAGGUCAUCGACCUCACUUCGGAUGGUUUUGCUCCCGGGGACUACCUGACCGAUGAAGCCUACGACCAGUUGCUGCGAACAUUGAAUCGUGCUGAACCUCAAACUUCCCCAGUACGAUCCCGUCUAAUCACAAGGCCAGAGAAACGCCGGCUGCCUGAGGCGUACCUCAAUGGAAUUGUGUACAAGAAGGGCCAAUCUGUUCAGCUUCACGAUGGUACCUUUCUCAGAAUUGAAGAAGUUGUGGCAGAUCGUUCUGCCGAUAUCUUCUUUCGGGGAAGACGCCUGAUACACACAAAAAAUCACAGCGGGAAAUACAUACCGAGGUGGGAUAAUGAGCUUGUCUGGAUCGCGAAUGAGACAAUAGACAUUCCCUCCCACCAAGUCAGGAAGUUUGUCCGCAUUACGUUCACGAACUUCUGCAUGAUCAAGAAAGAUUGGAUCAAGCACCACCAACAACCCAAAGAGCUAUUCUGUCGACUCAAAGAGCAUUACGGGGACAAGAAGCCAUCUUCAGUGGAAUACCUUACCUGGGAUGAAGCAGACGAAGGAUUUAAAUUCGAUCCGCCGAAGCUCCGCCGUGCGUGGCGUGGUGAGACCAGGCCUUUUGGAGCGUUCGACCCUGGCGAAGUCGUGGACCUCGAAGAUGACAUGCCUCGCCAAACAAGACACGAUCCAGUUCGUGCAAUGAAGCGAAGUCGUCAGUAUACAUUUGGCGAUGCAUUCUGUGGUGCUGGCGGCGUUACCUGCGGUGCUCGUGCCGCUCUUUUGCACCCCGAAUGGGCCUGCGACAAAUCCGAGUCCGCUGUCAUGACUUACAAACGCAACUAUCCAGAUGCGAACGUCAGGAUUAUGGAUCUUUUCACCUUCAUCCAGUCAAAGCACUCCACUCAGGUAGACAUUGUCCAUGGAUCUCCACCGUGCCAGACGUUCUCACCCGCGCAUACGAUCGAAUCCGUGACCGAUGACGCUAAUAGUGCGUGCAUUUUCUCGUGUUUGAACUUGCUUCAGAAGUCGAAGCCCAGGAUUCUUACCAUGGAAGAGACGAGUGGCUUGUUUGAGCGUCACAGGGAGACAUUCAACCGAGUGAUUCUAGACUUCAUCGAGCUUGGAUACGCAGUGCGCUGGGGCAUUCUCAACUGCGUCGAAUACGGUGUACCUCAGCUACGUCGAAGAUUGGUUAUUCUUGCAUCAGGACCAGGAGAAUCACUUCCUCAGUUUCCCAAGCCGACUCACGGACCCCCGGGCUCUGGGCGCCAUCCCUAUGUUACUAUAAGACAGACCAUCUCUGAAAUUCGGCCGGGAGCGCCGCACCAUAAUACCCAGCGAGCAGCAGCUCGUCCGAUGAACCGGGCACCGUGCGAUGGCAGAGGACAAAUCCGAACGAUCACCUGUGGUGGAGGCGAAAUGAUUGCCCACCCUUCAGGACGGCGUAGUUUCACGAACAGGGAGUAUGCAUGCUUGCAGACGUUUCCGCAUCGAUAUCACUUCUGUGCCCCGCACGUCCGAAAGCAAAUUGGCAAUGCGGUUCCCCCGAAGCUCGCGCAGGCGCUCUAUGAAGAAAUUGUCAGGUCGCUUCAUCGAACCGAUGAGAAGGAGUUGAGGCAUGGGCCUUGGUAG